GCCCAAGCUCCUCGGAGCGGGCAAGGCUGCCAAAUCGCCUGAGGGAAAGAUCGGCCUGAACCUGAAGUGGCCGAAGUCUCUGCCGUCCGGAGGGCUGCUGGUCAAGGCGACCAUCGGCGGAAUGCUGGUGAGCCUCCUGCCGCCGACACUCUUCCACAACACAGCCGGAGGCCUCGUUGUGAUGACCGAUGUUGCCGAGGAGGCUGGCUCGGCCGCAGGCAAGAUCGUGAUGGCAGGCGCUAAUGUCAGUGCCAGCGCUGCCAAGUCCGUGGCAGCAGUCAUCGACGGCUCCAUCGGGGUGAUCGAGGCAACUUGGCGAUGCGUGGACCUGCUCGAUGUGGAGAUCAUGGGCAGCUCAGACCGGGUCUUUAUCGAGGGCGAGGACAGCUGGCCAGACUUCCUCGCCGAGCCAUGA